UGGUUGGUGAGUUUGGAUUCUUUGCUUCAUUUUCUGUUUUUGGAUUCUCUGGUUUUGAAGAAUAGUAUUAUCAAGAAUCAGCAUUUUAUUCUCAAUCUCCCCCAAUUUCUAGGGUUUUUGAGGAUCCCAAAUGGCGCUGAGGAACUUCGUCAACGAGAUCAGGGGUUUGAAGGUGAAGGAGCUUCCCAACUACAUCAAGCCCAAGUUAUCUCUCGAUUACAUCAAGAACUCCUUUAACCGCGGCUUGGAUAACUACUACACCAAGUACAUCGAAACCAGUUCUCCUGAUCCACUCUACCAUGUUUGCUUCGGCGGCAUGGUUUUGUCCUACCUCGUUAAUCUUCCCGAGGAGCGCCGCCACUACGAGCACCUCGAGCACGAGCGCCUCGCUAAGGCACACGGUUCCGCCGCCGCCCACCAUUGAUCUCCAAUCGGUUCCUGGUUGUUGAGUUCGAGAUGGUCCGCUUGCAUAAUCAUUUUGUUUGAAAAUCUGAAAAAUCAAGGCUUAACAAUGCUGUGGCCUUCAAUGUAUUUCAGCGCUUAGAUGGUUAAAUAAGUUUUAUUUGAUACAAUACUGGGUUUCUUUGCAUUAAAAAUGUUAAUUAAUUCUGCGAAAGGUGGACAUAUUUCUUGUUUCCCUUGCGUUUAAAGUGACAAUGGAAUUUGUGGAAGGUGAACAUAUUUCUUGGUCUC